AUGGCGGCUUCCCAGCCGAGGAAGAAGCAGCGGCGCAGCUCGUCCCAGGAGACCGCGGAGGACAAGCCGUGGGGAGGCGGCUCCGUCUCGCUGCAGAGCUUCCCCCCGGAGCUGCUGUGCUGCAUCAUCUCCUUCCUGCCCGUGAGGGACGUGGUGGCCCUGGGCCAGGUCUGCCGGUACUUCCGCGAGGUGUGCGACAGCGAGGGGGUCUGGCAGCGGAUCUGCCGUCGCCUGUCCCCUCGGCUGCGGGAGGAGCACUCGGGGGGCCACCGGCCCUGGAAGAGAGCGGCGGUCCUCAACUACACCAAGGGCUUGUACUUCCAGAUGUUCAGUGGCCGCCGGCAUUUCGUCAGCAAGACGGUUGCCCCGCUGCUCUCGCACGGCUACCGGAAGUUCUUGCCCACCAAGGACCACGUCUUCAUCCUGGACUACAACGGCACCCUCUUCUUCCUCAAGAACGCCCUGCUCUCCUCCACCAUGGGCCACGUCCAGUGGCGCCGGGCCUGCCGUUACGUGGUGCUGUGCCGCAGCGCGAAGGACUUUGCCACGGACCCCCGGAGCGACACCGUGUACCGCAAGUACCUGUACGUGCUCGCCAGCCGGGAGCAGCCGAGCGCCGCCGCCGCCGCCGCCGGGCGCGCCGAGGGCACGGGCACAGCCGCCGGCAGCCGCCCCUGUGACUGCGUGGAGGUCUACCUGCAGUCCAGCGGGCAGCGGGUGUUCAAGAUGACCUUCCACUCCUCCAUGAAGUUCCAGCAGAUCGUCCUGGUGGGGCCGGAGACCCAGCGGUCCCUCCUGCUGCUGACGGAGGAAGGCAAGGUCUACAGCCUGGCGGUGAACGAGACGCAGCUGGACCAGCCCCGCUCCUACACGGUGCAGCUGGCGCUGCGCAAGGUCUCCAGGUGCCUCCCACACGCCUCCGUCCGCAGCGUGCGCUCCAACCAGAGCAGCGCCGCCUACCUCACAGACGAGGGCACCGUCUACUUCGAGGUGCACUCCCCCGGCGUGUACCGUGACCUCUUUGGGACCCUCCACGCGUUCGACCCGCUGGACCAGCAGAUGCCCCUGGCCCUUUCCCUCCCGGCCAAGGUGCUCAGCUGCGCCCUGGGCUACAACCACCUGGGGCUCGUGGACGAGUUCGGGCGGGUCUUCAUGCAAGGCAGCAACCGCUACGGCCAGCUGGGCACGGGGGACAAGAUGGACCGCGGGGAGCCUGCCCAGGUGCGCUACCUGAAGGGCCCCACGGACCUCUGGUGCGGCCUCAACCACACGCUGGUGCUGAGCCAGGGGGCGGACUGCGGCAAGGACCUGCUGGGCUGCGGCUGCGGCGCCGGAGGCCGCCUGCCAGGCUGGCCCAAGGGCAGCGCCUCGUUUGUGCGGCUGCACAUCAAGGUCCCGCCGUGCGCCCGCCGCAUCUGCUCCACCCGCGAGUGCCUGUACCUGUUGUCCAGCCACGACAUCGAGGAGGCGCCCGCCUACCGGGAGCUGCCGGCCAGCAAGGCCGGGGCGCCACCGAGCGACGCGGCAGCCGUGGCCGCCCGGGCGUGCGAGGAGUGCCUGAGCCAGCUGCACCAGUGCCGGACCCUGGAGGGGCGGAUGGCGAAGGUGAAGGAGGCCGUCGGCCGGAUGGCACUCAUGGCGUUCCAGAAGGACUUCUUCUGGGAGGCCCUGGACAUGAUCCAGCGGGCUGCUGAGCUCCGAGAAGCCCCCGUGUCCCGCUAG